GGACGAGUGGCCAGCUGAUGGAUGUAAACAACAUGGCGGAGAGUCAAGCUGACGUUGACUAGUAGUACUGCCCCUGCAAGACGAUUAACCAUGGCAUCUACGUAUUUCCCCGGCUCUGGGGACAUCAUUCAUCUCAAUGUGGGAGGACAGAGAUUCAGUACAUCACGACACACACUCACGUGGGUUCCUGACACUUUCUUCACAUCCUUAUUGUCUGGACGAAUCUCAACACUCAGAGAUGAAUCUGGAGCUAUAUUCAUUGAUCGGGAUCCAUCCCUCUUCAGCAUCAUUCUCAAUUAUCUUCGUACUCGGGAUCUUAACAUGUCGAUUGUUGAUAUCAGUGCCCUGAGGCACGAAGCAGAGUUCUAUGGUAUUGCCCCAUUGGUGAAGCGGUUAAUGUUGUGCCAAGAUUUGCACCAUUCAUCAUGUGGAGAUGUCCUCUUUUGUGGAUACCUCUCACCUCCUAGCAUUCCAAUUCAAGAGCCUCCACAAUCCUCAUCUUCAGAGUCCCGUGAGAGUCAGAGCAGACCACCACCAAGCAAUGGUAAUAACAACAUGAACAGUAAUAAUAACAAUAACAACAACAGUACAGCUGGGGGAGUAAUGCGUUUACCUGAAGCAACAGCAACAUCAAGUGGAGGAGUUCCAGGACCUGGUGGAGGGGGAGCAGUAGCAGUCCCCAGGCCAGGCCACUCUCGUAACUCUUCCCUUGAUAUGCGUCAUAAUCCUCCGCAGCUUGUUGGGCAAGGUCUGCAUAAUGGUGUGUAUCCAGGGCACAUGUCCCGUAGCUCAAGUGAUCUUCGGAGCCAUGCUGCAAGAUCACACUCUAGAACGCCCUCCAUGGAUCUUAGGCACUCACGGAACUCUUCUGCUGAUCUUAAUAAAUUCUUCAAGAAUGAAAUCAAUGUUUUAAACAAUGCAGGACCCCCAGGUUCAAGCUGGGUGGAUCCCUUAAGGGUUCGGAUGGUGAAAGCUCAUCAUAAUUGGAUUUUGGUAGCUUAUGCGCAUUUUGUCACCUGUUACAGUGCUGUCAACCGUUGGAAUAAAGACAGCACUGGUUGGCAGCUGGCCUUCACCUCACCAUAUAUUGAUCAACUGAUUGAACGGGCAGCCCUGAAUGCCAAACUCUCCCCUCCAAGUCAGGGUGGAGAGGCGGGACAAAAGAUGUUAGCCAUAUCUUAUGCAUCACAUAUCAGACUUUGGGGAAUCUCUGAGGAAGGCACUAGGAAUGAUGUUGGGACUUUCAACCUCGGUGUGCCAGUAGAGUAUCUCUUUUUUAUCGGGUCACAGUUAGUGGCACUUUCCUCAGUUGGGAAGAUUGGUGUUUGGCAUGCUAUGACACAGCACUGGCAGAUCCAAGAAGUGCUGCCCAUUGCAUCUUUUGAUACUGCUGGUUCCUUCCUCUUACUUGGGUGUACCAAUGGCUCUAUUUAUUAUAUAGAUAUGCAGAAGUUUCCUCUGAGAAUGAAGGAUAAUGAUUUACUUGUGACAGAGCUCUACCAUGAUCCAUCAAAUGAUAUUAUCACUGCUAUCUCUGUUUACCUUACACCAAAAACAAAUGUAUGUGGCAAUUGGAUUGAGAUUGCAUAUGGCACCAGUUCUGGAACAGUAAGAGUUAUAGUUCAGCACCCAGAAACCGUUGGUCAUGGACCUCAACUCUUCCAGACAUUCACAGUUCAUAGAUAUCCUGUGACAAAGGUAACCCUCUCAGAAAAAUUGCUUAUAAGUGUGUGCAGUGAAUAUAACCACGUACGCACCUGGUCUGUCACACGCUUCAGGGGCAUGAUUUCCACACAGCCUGGAUCAACACCUCUUUCCUCUUACAAAAUUCUAACCAUUGAUGAGGUUGAUCCCAAUAUCUACUAUGCCAUUGCAAAUGACUGUGGGCCUUACGGCGAGCAGGAUGAUGAGCAGGUGUUUAUCCAAAAAGUGGUUCCUGAGACAGACCAACUAUUUGUUCGGCUUGCUAGCAAUGGCAAGAGGGUGUGUGUCAUAAAAUCUGUAGACUGCACUACAAUAAGUGGCUUCUGUGUACACGAGUGUGAAGGAAGCAGUAGAAUGGGGUCCAGACCAAGGAGAUACAUAUUUACUGGGCACUCCAAUGGAGCUAUUCAGAUGUGGGAUCUCACUACUGCCCUCGAGUUAAGUAACAAGGGUGAUACAGGAGCACUUGUUAGUGGUGGUCCAGAGCCAACAGAACUUCUGCGACUUUUGGAUGUAUGUGAUCUUAGCAAUUCCUACUGCACUACACCUUGCCUCUCCCCUUCUCCUCUCACACCUGCUAAUGUACCACCACCCCAUCAACGCCCAUUUGCAAAUACAAGUCACCUCCACCAUGGAACAACUCAUCUACAUCAGCCUUGCACUAGUUACUUGUCAAGUCCUUCUACAAGUGGAGGACCACAGGUUCAUCCUGGUCCUCUGUUGAAGCCAGCAAAUGUGGCAUUUCUUUCUCACAACCAAGCUUCAGCAGUGAGAAGCAAUCUUCCAAAUGCUUCUAAUGAUGAUGACGAUGAAGGGACUGCUUGUUGAUGGUUUACAUCUGAUAUGGUUGUCAGAGUAGCUCAAAAAAUGGUUAAAUAAUCCAGGUGCUGGAAGAAUUGAAAUUUUUGCCUUGCUGUUGAAAGAAGCAAAUUGUGUAAAUCUUUGUAAUUCAAGUCCAGAUCAACUGAUUGCUGAAGCGACUAGAAUAUUGCAGGACCAGAAUACCCAUAGAAUUCUCUUCCAAAUGCUGUUUAUUUUAUAUAUUUUGUAGAAAUUAAUAUAGUUGCCAAGUCCAGAAAUAUUUGCAUAGCACACUGAAGACUAACAAGAUCAUGAAUUUUUAAAUAUGUAGAAUGGCAUGUUUAGCAUAAUGCAAUGCAUUGUACAAAUAAAUAAUAUGGUAUUAAAUGUGCUGCUGCUACAUUGCGAGUAUAUCCUAAUGUGGUCAUAAAGCAAAAUGGUUAGUGUAUUUUAUUGUACAUUCAUGCCAUACUAGUAUAUUAUGUUGCAUUUUCAUUUCCCUUCAAUUCUGUUGUAUUUAAAUAUUUUUUAUAGAGACCCAUUGCACAGGUUACAUUCCUGAAAUUGGUGCUGUAUGCAAGCUGAACUUGAGGACAAAAUAGGGUUUCAUUCUUUGCCACCCCCCCCCCCCCCCCCAAAAAAAAGCCAACUUUACAGUAUUUCAUAAAAUUAGUAAAGGUAUGACACCCUACAUAGUAGAUAUUACUUUAUCUUGAAAUGUGUGGGAAGGGUUCAUCUUGCCCUACUAGGUCUAGUUGGAUAUAGACACUCAUAAGCAGCUGUAAUAAAUACAGUAAUAUUUGACUUUAUUGAAUUAUCUCAAGUACAUAAUGUAGAUUUAAUCUGUGCCUAUAACAUCUGUGUGCCAUCAAGACUAUUGUAAAAGAUUCAUAUGUAUCCAAAAUCUAAAUAAAAACUUCCUAGAAAAUGAA